AUGUCGAAAACAUUUGAAGGAAAAGUCGCAAUUGUAACUGGAUCGUCGAAUGGAAUCGGCCGCGCUUGCGCUGUUCUUUUCGCCAAAAAAGGAGCAAAAGUCACAAUUACGGGCAGAAAUGCCGAUAGAUUGAAGGAAACAGCGGACUUGAUCACAACUGCUGGGGUUCCUGAGAGUCACAUCAACAUUGUUCAAGGCGACGUUACGAAUUCUGCAACACUUGACGAAAUUGUCAAAACCACCGUCGACAAAUUUGGAAAAAUCGAUAUUCUUGUCAACAAUGCUGGCUGUGUUCUUUCGGAUGAGAAUGGCAAAAUGAAUUUGGAAGCAUCUGUUGAUACUUGCCGCAGGACUAUGGACCUCAAUCUCCACAGUGUAAUCGAAUUGACACAAAAGUGUCGUCCACAUUUGAUUGCCUCAAAAGGAGAAGUUGUGAAUAUUUCAAGCAUUGCGGCUGGACCGCACGCUUUCAAAGACCAGGCCUACUAUGCCAUGUCGAAAUCAGCUCUUGACCAAUUCACAAGAUGCGCUGCCGUCGAAUUGAUUGCUCAUGGAGUUCGAGUCAAUUCGGUCAAUCCUGGGGCCGUUUUUACUGGUAUCGGAGAGGCCAUGGGAUUGCCAAAAGAAUUGGCAACAAAAAUGUUCGAAUACUACAACGGAAAGACGGAUUAUAUUCCGACCGGUGCUGCUGGAAUGCCAAAUGAUAUUGCAACGAUUGUUGCCUUCCUAGCAGAUCGCAGUUCGUCUGGAUACAUGAUUGGUCAAACACUAACAGCCGAUGGCGGCUCUAGCCUUAUUCUUUCGCUGAAUACCGGCAGUAUGGAAGAAGUUUUGAAAGAACUUGCGUAA